AUGUUACAAAUCAAUCCUCGAAGAUCUUGGUCAAUCAUUCGUUUCAAAAGGUUCUUCUUAAGGUUGAAUCAUACUUAUGUGCCAUGGUUUUACGCCAUAGACAUACCCAACUCUAAACCCUAUCUACCCACGUACAAGACUUUCCAAUCGCCCAAAAAUUUCAAACCCUUCUCCAUUGAUGACUCCAACCGUCUAGAGGAAGCCAAAAAACACAGUUUGCAAAAGCCUGUCCUAGUCAACGAAGACUAUUUGUUCAAAGUGGACCUCUCUCGAAUGGAACUGUCCCCGACCUAUUGGGAGGGCCCCACUUAUGUUGUACGAAGAGGCGUCUGGUUCGACUCCUCUAACCAGCCUUUAUCUGGUGACCUCACUUCCGAAAUCGAAAGCUUAUAUAGAAGUCUUCAUUUUAAAAAGGCCAGUGAUGAUGCAACUACUACACCUUCUGUGGAAUUCCAAGAUAUAUUCAGGCUCGAGGGUAAAUACUCAAUUGACAAGGAAAACGAAAAUAAGCAGGAAAAACGAUCCAACGAUGAACAUAAGAACGAAUCUGUCUUCAAGUUUGUUUUGUUUGUUAAUGAACAAACAGCCUUCUUAUUACCGGAUUUGGACGGCGGUAAACUUCAACUAGCAUUCUUAAGAUCUAAUCUGGCUCAGUCUUUACCCAUUAAUGCCACAAUGAUUACUAGGUCGUACAAGAAGCGAUCCUCGGCAAAUACAUCUUCGAAGGCAGGCGAAACACCCCCACCUGUAGCCGAUGGUAGCACCAACUCCAAGUCAACUAGCAUUGAGACAAAAUUGGAGAAGAAAGUUUCCAACCUCUUCAACGUAUCGGAUUUCCUGCAAUUGUUUAACGGCAAUAAAAAUAAAGAUCAAGAUGAUGCGAAGAGCUUGGAAAAGCAAAUGGAAAUAGAUUAUAAUAAUGCGGAUAAUAAUCAGGGGGGCAAUGCUAGCAGCAAGAUAAAAAAUGCCAAGCACACGGACACGGAUGCCAACGACAGUAAAAGUAAUAGAAGAGACGUCGAUAACUUAGUGCUUUGUGUUCAUGGGAUAGGUCAAACUUUGGGCAAAAAAUAUGAGUAUGUCAACUUUGCGCAUACGAUAAAUUUACUAAGAUCAAAUAUGAAGAAAAUUUACAAUAAUUCCGAGCAAUUGCAAUCACUGAACACAGCCCCCAAUUACAAAAACAACUGCAAUGUGCAAGUUCUACCCAUCACUUGGAGACAUUCAAUAAGUUUCCAAACUGACGCAAAAGAGGAAAAUGUCGAAAAUCCUGAAUUACCAACUUUGUCACAAGUCACCGUCAAUGGCGUCCUGCCCCUGCGAAAACUACUAGCUGACGGUUUAUUGGACAUCUUAUUGUACGUAGAACCACAUUACCAAAAUAUGAUUCUUCAACAAGUGACCUCUCAACUGAACAAAACGUUUCGAAUCUUCAAAAAAUACAACCCUGAGUUUGAGGGAAAAGUGCAUUUAGUUGGUCAUUCAUUGGGCAGUAUGAUUCUUUUCGACAUCUUAUCCAAACAGGAAAAAUACAAACUAGAAUUCCAAGUAGAUAAUCUAUUCUUUAUUGGCUCACCAAUUGGAUUAUUAAAGUUGAUUCAAAGAACAAAAAUUGGUGAUAAUGCCAAAUUCUCAAAUGAACUGCAGAAAAAACUGACUGUGCAAAGACCACAAUGUAAGGACGUCUAUAACGUUUAUCACGUAUGUGAUCCCAUCUCUUAUAGGAUUGAACCUCUUGUUAAUAAAGAAAUGGCACAUUAUGAACAAACUUAUUUACCUCAUUGUAGUGAAGCCUAUGGAAUGACUUCUAAGUUUUUGGAAUUUGGUGAAAACAUAUGGAAAGAUUUACCUGGUAUUGACGAAAAUGAUGCGCAAUCCAAAAGAAAUUCAUCGAAGGGGAAUGAGGUCAAAUUAUCAAAAACACUAUCUGCAAUGCUCACAAAUUUGAAUUACACUGGGCGUUUGGAUUACGCCAUGUCGCCAAGUCUGCUCGAAGUGGACUUCAUAUCUGCUAUUAAAUCACAUGUUUCUUAUUUUGAAGAACCAGAUAUUGCAGCAUUUAUCUUGAAAGAAACCCUGGCCAAGCAUGAAGAUGUAUCCGAAAUAUACGUGAAAAGGAAGGUAGAUUGA